UUUCGCCUUUAUUAUAUUUAAAAAUGAAAAAGAACAUAAACAUCGUAUCUCAUAUUCCAAUUGCCAAUUGGAAUUUUUGAUCAUCUCGCAGUUGGAAUUACUAUAAACUUACGAAGUAUUGAACUAACAUUAGGAAAGUAUUAAACUCGGUUGUUUCUCUCCUUAUGAUGCGCCUUACACCCAUAUCCACCCUUAUGGCAAAACCAAGCUUCCUCCCUCCGUUUAUGUUUGGGCUGCUAUUUGCAACCUUUGGGGUUAUUUUGUCUGCAAAAUAUUCUAGCAUCACCGUUGAUCAAUCUGCUCUUCUAGCACUCAAAUCUCAUAUAACUCAUGAUCCUCACAAUUUCUUGACAACCAAUUGGUCUACUUCUACCUCCGUUUGUAGCUGGAUUGGUGUCACAUGUGGAUCUAAACACUAUAGAGUCACUGCUCUGAAUUUGUCAAGCAUGGAUCUCAUAGGCACCAUUUCUUCUCAAUUGGGAAAUCUAUCUUUCCUUGCUUGGCUCGAUAUUCAUCAAAAUAGUUUCCAAGGCUCUUUACCCGUUGAGUUAACUAAUUUGCGUCGGAUGAAAUAUUUAGACUUUGGUAACAAUAGCUUCAAUGGAAAAAUCCCAUUAUGGUUUGGUUGCUUCAGUAAACUUCAAACAUUGUCUCUGUACCUUAACAACUUCAUUGGUGUUAUCCCAUCUACUCUAAGCAAUUUGUCAAAACUAGAAAUGUUGAGCUUGGGUGGGAAUCAAAUUUCGGGUAGAAUUCCAAAUAGUUUAUUCAAAUGCAAAGAGCUGAAGUUUUUAUCAUUGUUUAACAACUCCUUGGAGGGAAAUAUACCUACAGAAAUUGGAAAUUUGACUUUGCUCAAGACUUUGCAUCUUGGUAUCAACCAUUUCAAAGGUGAAAUUCCUCUUGUUAUUGAAAACUUGACUUCUCUCAAAAUACUUUAUCUUAGCAAUAACAAAUUGACAGGUGAAAUUCCGUCAAUUAUCGGAAACCUUAUUUCUCUCACGGAGAUCGAUCUUGGUCUUAACUACUUUACAGGUGAAAUCCCAUCAACUAUUGGAAACUUGACCACUCUUGAAGCUAUUAAUUUUUCUUAUAACAACUUAUCAGGUGAAAUUCCACCGGUUAUUGGAAACCUUACUUCUCUCUUGAUGAUCAGUCUUUUUGAUAACAACUUAACAGGUCGAAUUCCAACACCACCACCUUUAUUGCAAUGGUAUGGAGUUUCAACUAAUAACUUAAUUGGAGAAAUCCCUUCUUCAAUAUGCAAUUUGACUUCCCUUAUGGGUAUUUCUUUAGAUGAGAAUAAUUUGGAGGGAACAAUUCCAAAGUGCAUCGGAAACUUGAGUUCUUCUCUCAUAGCAGUUCAUCUAGGGAAUAAUAAUUUUCAUGGUCAAAUACCAGAAAAUUUUGCUAAAGGUUGCAUGUUGAGAAGUUUACACAUCAACAACAAUGAAUUAGAAGGGUCACUACCACGAUCUUUGGGUAAUUGCAAAGGUUUAAAUCUUCUCAAUGUUGGAAACAACAAUUUGAAUGACACUUUCCCAAGUUGGUUAGGAAAUUUGGAUCAGCUGCAAGUUCUUACCUUGAGGUCGAAUAGAUUUUACGGCCAAAUAGAGAGCUUUGAUAUUACAGUUUCUUUAACUAAAUUGCGAAUCAUUGAUCUUUCUCACAAUAAUUUUAGUGGCUACUUACCUACCCUUUUUUGAGCAUAUGCAUGCCAUUAGAGAUGAGUAUGGAAAGAAAGUUGAACCAAAUUACAUGAGAGAAGUAAAGAUCACGAAAGAUGCAAUUGGUUUGGGUGAAUUAUGCUUAUGGUUUAUCUGUUACAGCAAAAGGGCUGGAAAUAAAGUUUGAAUCACUAUUAUCCAUUUGGACGGUUAUUGACCUUUCUAGUAACCAAUUCAGGGGAGAAAUUCCAAAAAUACUUGGUGAGCUUCAUUUACUUAUUGUCCUAAACCUCUCCCAUAACUGUUUAAUAGGUCCUAUCCCAUCAUCUUUAGGUAAUUUGUCAGAGCUUGAAUCAUUAGAUCUCUCAUCAAAUAAGUGGAAGGAAGAAUUCCAAUGAGUUAAAAAUCUUGGAUUCUUAGAGGUGUUAAACCUUUCUCAAAAUAAUCUCAAGGGACUCAUUCCUCAAGGCAAACAAUUUGAUACUUUCACUAACGAUUCCUACAUGGGAAAUUUGGAUUUAUGUGGUUUGCCAUUAUCAAAUAACUGUGGUACUGGUGAGGAAACUCUAGCCAAAUUUGAUAGAGAUGAUGAUGGUGAUGAAUUGAGUUGGAAAUUUCCAAUAUUGAUGGGGUAUGGAUGUGGGUUGGUGCUGGGAAUGAGCAUGGCAUACAUUGUAUUCACGACUGGAAAACCAUGGUGGUUGAUUAGGAUCGUGGAGCGAGUCCGACAAAGAUUUGCAAAAAGGUAGAGAAUCCAACACUUCGACGAGAUCAACAAGUUGCAAACGGAACAGAAAACUUCAUUGCUUGGUGGUAUGCAGGCCUUUUUCUGUAGGUGUUUAAUAAACAUUUUGUGUGGGUGCUUGAUUGUAUGUUAUAUAUGUAGUUUGUAUUAUGUUUGCUUAGGUCCUCUCUCAUGGCAAUGUUCCCUGAUGUGUUUAUGAUAGGUGCACUGGUUUGUAAAGACUGUCUUUAUGGGAACCUAUCUUUUUAAUAAAAUUGAAAUAAGGAAUAGAUGGUUAAUUUAUUCCAAAGAGUUUGUGAAGAA